AUGGAUGAAACAGUAAUAUUUCCAUCGCCUAAUUGGUUUCAAGUAUCUGGAUUAGCAGUUUCUACAGACCAUUGGUUGAUAUACGGUGGUCCUAGUAAGUCUCUUUGCAUUUUGGAGCCGCUUAAUUCACAAUACGGAGGAGUCAUCGAGGAUAGUAAACGUUAUAAAGCUCAUGUUGUUAAUAGAGCACAUAGUGAGAAGAUUGUAAGUGUAGACAUAUCGAAAGAAUGGCCAGAAAAAAGGUUUAUAUUAACGGGAAGUAUUGAUGGUACAGUAAAACAAUGGAGUAUUGAGAAAUUGAACAACAACGUAAAAAUAAAAUCAACACAAAGCCAUGAUAUUCAUCAAACUGAAAAAGAGGAAGUGUCUGGUCUUGGGUACAGUAGUGAUUCUUUUGCUAUAACAGUUGGAUGCUUUGGCAAUGUUGUUAAAUGGGAUCUCAAUUCAAAUGUGGUUAAUACUUAUAAACAGUUCCUUAAAAGUUUCAAGCCCAAUUGUGUAGCUUGUUCACACCAUAUUCCUCUCAAUGUGGCUGUUGGUACUAGACAAGGCGUUGUUUUUGUAUUGGACUUAAAUGGCAAGGGAAAAGUCAUAUAUAAAGUAAGAGCUCAAGAUGAUGAAAUUAUUAAUUUAUCAUGGUGUCCACAAUAUGAUGUGCUUCUUAGGAAAUCUCUCACAGAAAUGGGGAAAAAGUCCCUUGCAACUGAAAGAUUAGAAAAGAUAAGAUCAGAACCUGACGAAAGUGAAGAGACCUUAAAUAAGUCAGCUGUAGCAAAAAGUCUACCAGAUGACAGUUUUGAGGAAUCAGUAGUUGAAGAAGAUGACAUGUUUGAUAUUUAUAAGGACCAUGAAGCAGAUGAAUUUGGUCAUAAAAAAUAUGUACCCGAGGAUAUAUUAAUCAAAGUGAAAGAGCAGAAAGAGACAAAUGACUUUUUAGCUGAAUGUUUAAAAUUGAAAGAGUUUAUAUUGAAGAAAAAAGAUGAGGAAUCUUCUAUAGCUAAUCUUGUGGAUGCAUUAAAUAAAACUCAUGUAGAUAGUGACAAUGGUGACUCAGAAUCCAACAAUAGUCCAGAUAGUGACGAGACAAAGAGUAUAAUAAAAGACGAUGGUAUAACUAGUGCUCAUAUACAUAAGCAUCUACUUGCAACCAUUGGUAAAUUUGGUGCAGUGAAACUGUGGUCGAAGUCGGGAAAACUUGUGGCUAGUUGUAAUGUGCCAUAUCUAAUGAAUAAUAAAGGUCAAAGGAAUAAAGGACCUAAUUCGAAUACACUUUUGUGGUACAAACCCAAUGUUUUGCUGAUUGCUGAUGGAAGGGGUCAAUUACUUGAGUGCAAUCCUUUGAAAGUUGAUUGUAAAAACAAAAUAGAAUGGCGCAUAGUGCAUACACUUCAUAAACGUGGUUUAUACUGUAUUGCAUCAAAUGCACCUCGAGUGCAGAUCUCAGAUCAAUCUGAAGAUAUUUCUCCAGAUGAUUGGAAAAUAUAUACAACUGCACAGGAUCGCAAUAUUAUAUGUUAUUCUUAUGAAAAAAGGCAGAAAGAGGCUAUUUUUAACACGUGUGGAGGAUUUUUAUACAACAUACAAUCUUGUCCAUAUGAUGCUAAAAGGAUAGCAAUAAGCGUAGGAGACGGGGCGGUGCGUGUCUGGGAGGCAGAUACGUUAGUGGAUAAUGAACAGAAGUUGUCUUUGGGUAAUGUAACAACAUUCUGGCAGAAUGUACAAGGGAAAGUGUUGACUAUUGCCUGGCAUCCGACGAAGGAAAAUCUCCUUGCAUUUGGAACCGGUGAAUCAAGGAUCGGUUUAUUAGACACGAGUGGUAAAUCCGAACGUCCAGCGAAGACCUUGCCGCCGGUGCUUCGUGGUGGAAUAUAUUCCCUUUGUUGGGGGGAAAACUACGACCUGUACGCGUGUGCGGGCGGAGAGGUGGUGGUGUACCGCGCGGAUAAACCCGAACAAGACCCGUGGCCGGUGCCGGUGUGCGUGGAGGGCGCGCCGUGGCUGGUGAGCGCGCUGUGCUGCGGCGCGCGCGCGCUGCUGUGCGGCGGCGACGCCGGCGCGCUGGCCGCGCUCGCGCACACCACCGGGAAAGUGCUCGCCGCCACCUUUGUCUUCAAUAAAAUGAUACACAGUAUAGAAUGGCAUCCACAACAAACGUCCAGCAGUAGCGAAGAGUCUCCAUACAAAAACCUCAUCGCAGUCUCAUCUUUAGACAAAUCAUGCAAUAUUGCCAUAGUGGAAUUUGCUGAAAGAGAGGAAGGAGUGAGGUUGAAGACAUUGAAAGAACUUACGGGACACAAGGGGAUAGUGUUGAAUGUAGCGUGGAACCCACAUAAGGAUGGGAUACUUUUGUCCACUUCCCAAGAUGCCACUGUCAGGGUAUGGGACAUAUCGCAAAGCACAUGUAUAUCGAUAUUCGGUAACCAUUCGCAGACGUCGAUGGGUUGCACUUGGAGUGCGUUUCCACAACUUCAUUCAGCCAUUUUCUCUGGCGGAGCGGACUGCUGUUUGAGAGUUUGGAAAUAUGAAGAUCAUCCCCCUGAGAAUUAUAUUGAAAUUAAACAUGAAGUGGUACCACGGAGAGACAGAAAGAAGAAUAGAGAUAAAAAAGAAGAAAACAAAGCUGAAGAAGAGAAUAGUGAAGUUGCAGCCAUUAAAGAUACAAACCUUGCUACAACUUUUGAUACAAACGCUAAAAAGAAGUGUUACAAAAAAUUCCUUUUACCUACUCUUUUGAAGAACAUGAUAUGUUCCAUACAAAAAGUUAGAAAAAUGGCGCAAAAAUAUUUAGAAGAAAAAAGUGAUGGUGAUAUAAAACAAGAAAUAGUUAGUGAUGUGAAAAAGGAAGAAUUAGAUAGUGUUGUCAAAGAAGAAGUAGUUAGUGAAGUGAAAGAUGAUUUAAGUAGUGAUGUGAAAGGAGAAGAGAGUAACGAUGUGAAUAACAAAAAUAGUGGUGAAGUAAAAGAAAGGGAUAUUAACGUAGUGGAAGAGGAAGAAUGUUUCGAAAUGGAUUUUACAAAGAUUUUUGGCACUACCAAUGAAUUUAAUGAGAUCUUAGAUUUGGAGAUGCACAAGCACCUGGAGUACAACCGGCUGGAGCCGUGGGUUAUGCUGAGCGUGUUCCGCGGACACGUGGCCGCGCUCGUGCAGGAGGCGGCGCGCCGCGACGAGCUCUGCCCCUUCGUGCUCAGCCUCACGCCCUCUGUGUCCUUCAAGUACUGGAAAGACGUCACGCAAAUGUACUUGGCGCAAAUAGAGAGGUUAGAUGCCAAGAAUGAAACUGAAAAAAUUUAUGAGAACAAGCAGUACGGCGGGCCGGUGUACCGCAGGGUGGCGCUGCUCCUAUCUCUGCACGACGUGAAGGGCGCCAUCACCGCGCUGCUCGACGCGCGCCUCGUCAAGGAGGCCUACGUGCUCGCCAGAGCCAGACACAUGGAUAGUAUAGCUCAAGAUAUACUGUGGAAGUGGGCCACGGAAUGCAAUAAUUCAGGGUAUCCCAAGAUGGCCGCUAUUUGUUAUCUUUCACUUGGCGAUAUCCACAAAGCUGUGGCGGCAUUGGCCAAGUUGAAUGAAGAAGAGUUUCUUUUGUUAGCGGCGGAACUGGCCAAGGUGGUCGGACAAACGACGUUUGCCAGUCACAUAGAGGAUAAAAGAUCACAAAUACAGAUUGAAACUCCUGAAGUCGAGGAAUUGAAGCCGUUACCUUCCAAAGUUGAUCUCAUGAAAGAAGAAAUAACUGUGAAUUGUCAAAGUGAAGAC